AGAAAAUGAAGGCUCUGUGGGGGGUGUUUUGAUGUGUAUAUGGCAGGGCUUAAUUCGAAGUAUACUGAGGACACACACACACACAAGUACUGACGUGGUAAAAGGAAUUUGGUUCUCAGGAAUAUUAAUAGGUCUCUGUCGGUCUUGCUGCCUAUUUUCAUUUCGGAUAGAAGCACCAGUACUCUUCUUCUGUCUUAACUUUUGGGGAGAGAGGAGAGAGAGAGAGAGAGAGAGAGAGGGAGAUAGAGAGAGGAAGAGGUUGAUGAUGAAGGAGAUGAUGAGUAACCAUGAUCAAGCCCUGAGCAACGGAACUAGUGCUGGUAUUGUUGGUGCUGAGGCUGAGAGGGUUUCCAGCUCUAGAAUUUCAUCUCUGCUGGCCUCCACAGAUCGUGAUUAUCUUGUUUCUCCAUCUGGAAAUCAGGUGAAAGUUGCUGAUCUUGAUGGGAAGAUAAUAGGGCUCUACUUCUCGGCCAAUUGGUACCCGCCCUGCUGGAACUUCAACCAAGUCCUAGUUGGUAUCUAUAAUCAGCUUAAGAACAGUAGGAGUACGGGGUCUAGCUUUGAGAUUGUGUACAUAUCAUCUGAUGAAGACUCUGACGCCUUUAACACCUACCAUGCUUGCAUGCCGUGGCUGGCGAUUCCGUUUUCGGAUUUAGAGACCAAGAAAGCUCUGAACCGCAAGUUUGAGAUAGAGGGAAUUCCGAGCUUGGUUAUUCUGCAACCUAGUGAUGAUGAUGGGGCUACGUUGCAUGAUGGAGUAGAGCUCAUUUAUCGCUAUGGUGUCCAAGCCUUCCCUUUUACUAGACAGAGGCUGGAACAGUUGGAGGACGAGGAGAAACAGAAGCAUGAGAACCAGACCUUGACCAAUCUACUAACGAACCACGACAGACACUAUCUUCUGGGCCAUCAGACGCCUAAUCAGGUGCCUGUGGCCUCAUUGGUAGGCAAGACAAUUGGACUCUACUUCUCAGCUCAAUGGUGCAUUCCAUGCGUUAAUUUCACUCCUAGGCUAAUCUCAAUCUACAAGAAGAUUAAAGAGCAAAUGCUAGUAGGUGAUCAACAACAAGAUGGAGAGGACUUCGAGAUAGUGUUUGUUUCAAGUGAUCGUGACCGAACAUCCUUUGAAGCCUACUUCAGCACCAUGCCAUGGCUGGCAUUGCCUUUUGAGGAUCCCAACAUCAAAGAGCUUGUGAAGCAUUUCGAUGUCAAAGGUAUUCCUUGUUUGGUCAUUUUGGGGCCGGAUGGUAAAACUGUCACCAGGCAGGGUAGAAAUCUGAUAAACUUGUACAAAGAAAAUGCGUAUCCCUUCACCGAUGCGAAGUUGGAAUUGCUGGAGAAGAAAAUGGAUGAAGAGGCGAAGAGCCUGCCGAGGUCGGUGUACCAUGGAGGGCAUAGGCAUGAGCUGAAUUUGGUGUCCGAAGGCAAUGGAGGAGGACCCUUUAUAUGUUGUGACUGUGAUGAACAAGGAUGCGGUUGGGCUUAUCAGUGUCUUGAAUGUGGAUAUGAGGUGCACCCCAAGUGUGUCGCAGCUGCUACUGGUGCAGUCAAUACGUGAUUCAUCCAUUCGUUUGACUGCUAAUCAAUGAUGCUAAUUAUACUAAAUUGAUCGCUGCUGUGUUAUAUGUCAUGAAAGAUUAUUAUAUUAUUGGUCUGUUUAUCUUAAUUUGCAUGGUUAUAGGGAUUACGGUUCCCUGGUCUGUAUCUUAUUCGAAUUCUCAAGUAAUUGAGACUUUAUGAUGUUCGAUCAACUGCUACCGUAGGUCGGAUAUAGGGUUGCAGCUCCUUGAUUAUCCCUUCGUUUAUUUUAUAUGCCUCUUGGCAAGUGAUGCCAGCGAUUCUGGCAAAAGAGGGCUUAUCCUAUGUAAUCAAAGCAAAAGAAAAACGAAAAUUUAUUUUAUGGA